AUGUCAAAAACUGUCACAGGCUCAGGACUAAUGAUGGAAACUUUGACUGUGGCGUCGAAACUUGACUGCUUGACAGUGCUUCAGGAAGAUCAUAACGAGGACUACGUCUGGCGUGAGACGCAGGUGGGCUGCAAGGUUCUGCUGCUGCUGCAGGAGAUGCUCAGGUUCAACAUCACCUAUAUAAGCAAAGUGAGCAUAAAUGACGUCGAUGGAGUGGACAUCUUCGCCAAGCCCCACUCUCUAUGGUCUACCGUUGGAUCGAACUGCGCGCCUAUCGCGCCUAUCCUCGAUUGGAAGUUCGGCUACAUCCUCCGUCGCCCAUCCUCCGAACCACAGCAUUUCUACAGCCUCUCCUUCUCAGCCACAGUAUGGCAGUUCGUAGUCGCCAUGACACUGCUGGUUUCCGUGCUGUUUUAUAUCCUCAACCGAGCUGAACAGAAGCUGGCCGGAGAAAACCUUAGAUGCUACUUCUGGAAUGAAUUUCUGAUUGCGCUUGGGAUCAUCUGUCAGCAUUAUAUUUCAAUCAACGUAAUGGAACUAUCUUCUCGGCGUAUCGCGUUCAUAAGUUUCUUCCUAUUCUCCUACAUAAUACACUGUCAUUAUACGUCUACCCUGCUCUCGGAUCUGGUGCAUGACAGAGACAACGAUAUGGAUUUGGGCACUUUAAGCGACAGUGAUUAUGAACAUGUUGUGUUGGAUACAGUGGCUAGUAUAAUCCAGGUUAUUGUUGACCAGCUUGGCGAUAAAAAUAAUAAAAUGUCUCCUCAGCGUAUGAGCUACGUUCAGAAGAAUUUGAUCAACAUUCGGGUAGUGAAUAUCAGCGCGGGUCUCGAGGAGGUCAAAAUGGGCAAAUCAGCUCUUCUAUCUGACUACGUAUCCUUGUUUCCAGCUGCUAUAAAGUCAUUCACCAAGGAAGAAGCCUGCGAUUUUAUUAACGUUGAUAUGAUUUCUCACGUUCUCAAGUAUCUUGUUGCUUCCAAAAACUUCAAAUACACUGAGGAGUUCAAAAUGAGUACCCUACGUGCUCACGAAACCGGUAUUCUGCAGCGAUUACUCAGCCCAUACAGAACCCCGGUCCUCCACACUUGCGUCAGCUCUCUUCAAGCCCACAUAGGACUAGUAAGAAAUCCUCUCAUACUACUGGCAUGCUGCUAUGUUCUGUGCGGACUUAUGUUAGUCGCUGAACGAAUGCAUUACAAGAGGUAUAAGGUGUGGCCGUAUGUGAACUAG